UGAAGAAAAAUAGCAAGAGAAAGCACGCUGUUCUCUCCCUACGCAAUUCAUAAGAUCUAAAUUAACCUGCAGCCAACCUCGCCGCCGUCUCUCGUCCGUUGCUCACGAUCGGGCAAGUCAUCGGACAUCUUGUUUAUCUCCAGCCUGGUGGUAGUUAAUGAGACAUUGAUCAAUAGCAUUAUCAUUCCAAGGAAAGGGAAGGGAAGGGAGGGCAAGGAAAGGAUCCAUUAACAAGAUGUAUAUGGCCUACGGAUGGCCGCAGGUGAUCCCUCUGGAGCCUGGAGCCUGGUCUGUGUGGCUACUCUUCCCGCUUGAUCGGAUCAUCUACCUCAUAGUCAUCAACUGCUUUCUCCUCCUUGUCACCCCAAGUCACAUGGAGCUCUGGAGCUCGUCCCAGCACAAGGUUCGAUUGGGGAAGCACACUAGAAAUUUAGGCUCAAUCCAGACCAAGGUCGAGAAUUCUUUGGCAAUCUGGAGUCCCGACACGACAACCAUUGUCAUUUUGACAUCUUUAUCGAUUCUUCACAUCUAUAAGGUACAAUUUUCUGGAAUGAAACUGUUAGUUGGAGGUAAACAUUCCUCUGGACUCUUUCUGGCUACUAUAUCACUGGUAAUCACUGAGAUGGCACCUUUUGCUGAUAAGAAUUUGAUAACGAGCAAUUUUGUUUGUGACAAUAAAAGCCUGCUUAUUGGACUCUCUGGUGGGUGUUUACAAUUUGCUUCAUGGAAUGGGGAGUUCUCUGAUGGCUUCAAGCCAUUUUACCAUCCUUCUGCCUAUCAAGGAGAUAGAGGAGGAGCAUCAUCCACUGAAAGCAAUGGCAAAAAUGCUGCUAUCGUCCAGCUGGAAUUUUCUUUAGCCCUGAGGAUGCUAUUUAAUUUGUAUUCUGAUGGUUGUGUAGCAUUAUGCUCAACAAGCAAAAAGGGUUUGAGGUUAGUCAAUUCAUUGAAAAUUGAAAGAUGGCUGAACACCCCGGAUGCCAUAUGUGCUUCAAUGGCUUCAAAUCAACGCAUUAUUGCUAUUGGUUGUUGGAGAGGUGUCGUGGAGUUAUAUGACUUGGUAGAGGGUGUAUCACAUCUUCGUACAGUAUCUGUAUAUGACUGGGGGUAUUCAGUGGAGGAUACUGGUCCUGUCUCUUGUAUAGCUUGGACACCUGAUAAUUGUGCUUUUGCUGUCGGGUGGAAAUAUAGAGGGCUUGCUGUUUGGUCUGUUUCAGGAUGCCGUUUGAUGUGCACAAUUCGUCAAAUUGGAAUCAAUUCUGUGUCAUCUCCUGUUGUGAUAUCCAGCCAAGAUUUAAAAUGCGAACCUUUUUUGGGUGCCACUUCAGUGGUGCACUGGGAUGAGUAUGGAUACAAAUUGUACGCUGUUGAGGAGAGUUCAUCUGAGAGGAUUGUAGCAUUUUCCUUUGGUAAAUAUUGUCUAAACAGAGGUCUUUCAGGCACAACAUAUGGCCAUCAGGUUAUAUAUGGUGAAGAUCGGGUUCUUUUAGUGCAGCCUGAUGAUACAGAUGAACUUAAAAUGUUACACAUGAACCUUCCAGUAUCAUACGUCUCCCAAAAUUGGCCACUUUCACUGGUUGUGACUAGCAAAGACGGUAUGUACUUGGCAGUUGUAGGUCAGCAUGGCCUUAUCCUGUAUGAUCUAUGUAACAAGAAAUGGCAUGUCUUUGGAGAUGUUACACAGGAACAGAAGAUUGAAUGCAAAGGCUUGCUAUGGCUAGGCAAAAUUAUUGUAGUAUGCAACUACAAUGAAACUUCCAAUUCGUAUGAACUGCUUUUCUUUCCAAGAUAUCAUCUUGAUCAAAUCUCCUUACUUAAUCAGAGAUCGCUACUUGGGAAACCAAUUGUUAUGGAUUUUUUCCGAGAUUAUAUACUCGUUACAUACUAUCCUUUUGAUGUUCAUAUUUUUCAUGUGAAGAUCCUUGAAGAAUUAUCACCUUCUACAAGUCCUGUUUUACAGGUAAAGUGGAUCGUCUUGUAUUGCUGCCUGUCUUCCUUUAUUAAUGAAGUUAUCGGCUUUCAUUGAGGUUUAAGUUUUAAAAGAGCAUCAUUCUUAUGCGUUGGCAAGUGAUCAAAUGACAAACAGCUUUCCACAGUACGUGAACUAUCAAUCAUGAGUGCCAAAAGCAGUCCAGCAAUAAUGCACUUCAUCCCAGAUCCAGCUGGUGAAGCAACAUUUUCUCUAUCAUCUGAUUUGUUAAGCCAACAGCCCGCUACGUACAAGUGCUUUUCCUUCUGAAUGUUGCUGGAACUUGUUUUGGCAUCUUGAGCUUCUAAUCAUUUUGCUUCCACUGCCAGAUGCUUAAUAUUGCGAACAAAUGGAGACCUUUGGUUACUUGAUCUAGGUGAUGGCCAUGAGCAUGUUCUCUCUAACUCAAUUGAGCUGUUCUGGGUUACAUGUGGUCAGUCCGGAGAGAAGGCAAAUCUUAUCGAGGAAGUAUCUUGGCUAGAUUAUAGUCACAGAGGCAUGGAGGUAAUUAGUGUAUUUUUGGGGUAAUUAGUAGGUAAACAUAUUUUGCUGUCUGUUUGUUGUGUAUAAAAAUUGCAUAGUCAUUACCAUGCAUUCAGCUAUUUAUUCUUCAUUGAGCAUGCAUUUUCCUAGCUUUUAUAAUGAAUUAUUCACCCUUUGUGCACAAACUACUUCUUUUAGUUACUUUGCAUGUAGGAAGCUGAAGCUAACCCAAAAUUUUAAUGAAUUGAGGAUAUUUCAAAAACACAAAGGACAAUGACAACACUUGUUACGUGGGCCAGCCUUUUUAGGAUACACAAUCCACAUGUGCUCUGUAAAAGUUCCUGGGACCCAGUUCCUGACAUGGUGUCUAAAGGGCAUCAAGAUAGGGUUUUUGAGAAGGAGGCAAGCAGAAGAGGCUGGCGACUGGAGAAAGAAAAAGAAGUUCUAAGGGUUUUGAAAGGAGGUCGAAAAGGGAAGAAGAAUAGCUAAAAAUCUGGAGAGCAAGCCUUGGUGGAAAGAAUAGGGGGUUUUCCAAGUCCUUUUGUGUUGUGUUUUUUUAACAUUACUUUUACUUCUUUUAUUUUUUGUUGUAAUCAAGACAUGGAAGUGUAGAAUUUUCUUUUAGGUUUGGGAUUAGCCCAAAGUAGUGAUGGUUGAUGUGCUUGUUUCUUGUAUGGAUCUUUUAUAAAUUAAUGGUGGAUUAAUUUGAGUUGGCUUUGGAUU